AUGGCACUCCUACUCGUCGGCAUCACCACCCUCAUCUUCAUCCUGCAAAAACUCCACCACGCCCUGACCACACCCCUCCGCGCCGUGCCCGGGCCCUGGUGGUCGCACAUCACGCACUACCCGCUCAAGCUCGCCAACAUCCGCGGGCAGCGCGUGCACUUCAUCCACUCCCUACACCAAAAAUACGGACCGGUCGUGCGCAUCGCGCCGGACGAGGUGGCCAUCGCCGACGCGGACGCAGCCAAGACGAUCCACCGGCCGGCGUCCGGGUACGAGAAGGCGGCGUGGUACAAGCAGUUCGUGCAGGGGAAUGCGGAUGGCAUGUUCGAUAUGACGGAUGCGAAGAGGCAUGCGGCGCGCCGCAGGCUGUUUGCGAGGGCGUUUGGGAAGAGCGAGAUUAGGGGGAGGUGGGAGGGGAUGGUGAGGGAGAAGGUAGAACUGGCAGUGCAGAGGAUGGGCGAGGAGAUGCGCCGAGGCGAAGAGACCGACUGCCUCAAGUGGUGGACGUUCCUGGCCACGGACGUCAGCGGGCAUUUGAUGUUCGGUGAGAGCUUCCGCAUGCUGGAACUCGGAAAGAAAAACGACUACAUCCACACCCUCGAAUCCACCAUGCAAGGCUCCGGCAUCCGCGCCGAGCUCCCCCUCCUCGCCGCCAUCGGCAAGCUCCUCCCGCACCCGACCCUGCAAGCCAUGUUCAACGCCAACGACCGCCUCCUCGCCUACGGCACGCGCGCCGUCACCUCGGGCAAACAAGCGUCCGGCGGCAGCGGCGCCUCCAUCUUCGCCCAGCUCGAUCCGGACGCGCAAAAGGAGAGCCCGUAUCCCUUUACGGAUCUUGACAUCCGCGUCGAGGCCGGCAACCUCAUCGUCGCGGGCGCCGACACCACGGCCGUGUCGCUGACGUACUUGACGUACGCGGUGCUGGCAAGGCCGGAGUUGAGGGCGCGGUUGGAGGAUGAGGUGGCGGGGUUGCGGGGCGAGUGGGGCGAUAGGGAGUGUGAGGCGCUGCCGCUGCUGAAUGCGGUGGUGAAUGAGACGCUGAGGUUGUAUGGCGCGGCGCCGGGGAGUCUGCCGCGGGCGGUGCCGCCGGGCGGUGCGGAGCUGGGGGGGUACUUUUUGCCGGGCGGGGCGACGGUGAGUACGCAGGCUUGGUCGUUGCAUCGGGAUGAGAGGCUGUGGAGGGAUGCUGAGAGGUUCGAUCCUGAUCGCUGGCUGUCGCUGCCGCCGAAUACGUCGCCUUCGUCGAUGAGCUUUCAGCCGUUUGGUGCGGGGACGAGGAUCUGUUUGGGCUUGCAUCUGGCGCUCAUGGAGCUGAGGCUCGCGGCUGCUCUGUUUUUCAGGGAGCUGAAGGGUGCGAGGUUGGCGGAGAGGACGACGCCGGAGAGCAUGGAUGUGGUGAACUACUUCUUGAUUAUGCCGAAGGAUCAUCAUUGCUACAUCAGGCUGUGA